AUGGAGACCACACCUACUUGUAUUGCAUCUGUCAAACUAGAGCCUGUUGAUCCAGCGCCCGACUUAGACUGCCUAUUGUACGACCAGUCUACGAGCCACGCCUUGGUCAGUGUACGUCGGACUCAAAGGCGAUCGGCUUUGAGCCUCGAGGGACAAUCGUGCUCGACACUAUAUGCCAGACGACUCACAUCUCACCGAUCUCACCGACCUCGACCUCCCUGUUUCGCGAUGUCCCGUGCGCCUAGCUCUGCUGUUGCCCCCAGGGUUAAACGAGAGGUUGUGGAAGCGCCUCUGGGCCCACCCAAAGAGCAUCAGCCUGGAUUCGAUGACGCCCUCCAUACCUUCUGGAUGGGAGAAAUCGUCGGCGACCCUGUCCGCGAGGACGAGUGCGUGUUGCGAAUGACUACUUGGAUGAACGCUAUGGAUCUUAUCUGUGAACGAGCUGGCGAGGUCAAGAUGCGCCUUCUCAUCCGCCCGGGCAACAACCAGCAGCUCGUAACCAAGUGCAAGUGCCCGCAACACCUCGCGAAGCUACGCGAGAUCGCAGAAGACUGGCUAUCGCGCGGCAACAAGACACGUACAAAGGUCAACGGGCAGCCCAAGGCUCUUAUCAAGGAAACCGAGUUCCACCCUAUCAUCGCCCAGCUAUGCAAGUGGUACUUGUGGCGCUCCGAGUUCACGACGCUUGCCGACCACGAAGCGCGCACGGCGGCUUUCUACCAGCGCGCGAAACCGCGCCUGAAGGACGCGUUCCCUUCUUACAUCAAUGAUCGUUGGCGUGAUCGCACCGUCGUCAUCAAACCGUCACCGUACUUCUCGCCGGCGCGUGAGCUGGAGGCCGCUGGAGGGGCUGGACCAGUACUCGCGCGUACAAACUCAGCUUCAUCAGCGACGACAGCGGUUCAUCCCUACGCGUCUGCAGCUGCAUCGCGAUCUGCACUCGUCAAGACCGAGCCCAGCAAUGACGAGGCGCAGGCGGAGGCGCGUUAUCGUCGCGCAGAGCCUUACUUGCUCACGAUGCCUCAUAUCAAGAGGGAGGAAGACUCGUGA